AUGACUAUCCAUGCGGAGCAGGUCUUUUCCGACGGCCUCUUCAACGCCGAUCCCCAUCCUGGGAACGUGCUUCUGCUCAAGGAUACUUCGCGACUCGUUGGUCUCACCGAUUUCGGCCAGGUGAAGGAGUUGUCCAUCGAUUUCCGGAUCCAGCUCGCCAAGCUGAUGGUUGCCCUGGCAAGAAGAGAUCAGGAAGAGGUGAUACGGCUCGACAAGGAGAUGGGUAGCCGCACUCGCCACUCCAAGCCGGACGUGAGGUACAAGGUCUUGAGCUUCUGGUUGGACCGCGAUACGGACGACGUCACCGGCGGUCGAAGCUUCCACGACUUCUUGGCCUGGGCAGAGGCCGAAGAUCCACUGCGCGACAUGCCACAGGAGCUUCAUUUGGUCAUGCGAUGCUCCUGCAUGAUACGUAAUUUGGCGCUGACCUUUGGCAUCCGGCUGUCCACGGCAGAGUAUUGGAGACCAGUGGCACAGGCACUGCUUCAGAAACAUGGCGUUGCCUACUGA